AUGGGAUUCAAAAGGCUUUCUGGACUGUUUUCAAUAGUCAGUUAUCCAAUCGGAUCAUAACUUUGUAUUAUUAUCAGUCUAGGCAAGGGCUGGGUAACGAGCUUUCGAGGUCCGAACUUUUGAGCAACCUGCGUGUCCUAAGGCUGCUGUUUUUCCAGGCAGUUGACGAAGUGUUCGAAAAAGCAGCCGGACAUCGGAAUGCGUUCGUCGUCGUCCGCCCUCCCGGACACCACGCCUCCGCAUCUCAAUCCAGCGGAUUCUGCAUCCUCAACAACGCCGCGCUCGCCGCGAAACGCGCUCAAAAAGAGCACAACGCGAAAAGAGUACUCAUUUUGGACUGGGAUGUGCAUCACGGAAACGGCACGCAGGAGAUCUUCUACGACGAUGAAUCCGUGAUGUACAUGUCGAUCCACAGACACGACAAGGGCACGUUUUACCCGAUCGGCGAGCCGAAAGACUAUUCCGACGUCGGAGAGGUUCGUUUUUGCCCGUUUGUUUUCAAAAGUCUCUGUACAAACUCUUUAGGAUGCAGGAGAAGGGACUUCCGUGAAUGUGCCGUUUAGUGGAGCGACAAUGGGCGACGCCGAGUACCAGAUCGCCUUCCAAAGGAUCAUCCUGCCCGUCGCCUACCAAUUCAACCCCGACUUCGUGAUCAUCUCCGCCGGAUUCGACGCGGCCACCGACGACCCGCUCGGCGACUACAAAGUGACUCCGGAAACGUACGCACUGAUGACCUACCAGCUGAGCGCGCUGGCUUCCGGCCGGGUGCUCACCGUUCUCGAGGGCGGCUACAACCUCACCUCCAUCUCGAAUUCCGCCGUCGCCGUGUGCGAGGUGCUCAAAACGCGUGGAAUGCUCCGACGGUUGACGGCCGAGAAGGAGCAGUUCGCGAGUCUCCAGAAGAAAAUCGUCGCGUCGUGCAUCAAAACGAUUCGAGAAGUGUGCGCCGAACAACAAAAGUAUUGGAGCAUCCUGAAGGGAUUCCAGGUAAUUCCGUCCUUCACCUUCUGUCUUGUCCAGUCUAUUCAUGUGGGGUCUCUCUAAGAUCAUCGUCGGAAGUGUGCUCGACUCGUCGCUCGUCGCCAAAAACGGAAAACCGAGGAGCGUGCGGAGAACGGCGCGGAAACCGGCGUCGGAUCCGGUUCCGACCCGAUCGGACAGAAAUCGAAACAAAUCCGACAAUUUGGAAGACGUCGUGCAGAGAAUUCAGAAUCUGCAACUCUGAAAUUGUGUCCCGUGCUAUGUGCUAAUCAAUCAAUAAAUUUUACACGCAUUGUCAGAGUUUAACCGUAAAAGGGUGCUCUCGUCCCGAAAUAAAUAUCUUAAUAUUGUUUGUGUUUGACCAUUUUCUAAUUCUCCGCUUCUUCCAGGUCGUCCCAGCCGAUCACGGACUCAACGAAAUGGUCAGCGAUCAGAAGCCGACGUCUUCGGAUGCCACGUCGGAUACCGAUUCCUUCCCGGCAUACAGCGUCGUUCCGCUCAUGACGUGCCCGCAUUUAGAGCAAGUCACCGAGCUGCCGAAGCAGGGAAUCGACUCGAAAACCGAGUGCUCGAGCUGCCGUCAGAAGGCGGAAGUCUGGACGUGUCUCACUUGCUGGAAGGUACCCCAUCAUUCCUUUUUCGUCUUUAAAAAGCUAGUUGAUUCCAGUACAACUGCGGUCGUUUCGUGAACCAAGACGCGGUGAAACACUUCGAGGAGACGUCGCAUCCCAUGGCCCUCUCGAUGGCCGACCUCUCCGUCUGGUGCUAUCCGUGCGAGUCGUACGUCCACAACCCAGUGCUCAUUCCGGCCAAAUCUUCGGCUCACGAGAGCAAAUUCGGAGAACAAAUGCCUAAAUAA